UGGAGGUGGUGGCAGAGCAGGCGGCAGCUGCCAGGGAAACCGAGGCGCGGGACUGAAGGGCCGCAGAGCAGCGGGCUCUGGGGUCAUCACUGCGUCCGGCACCCGGGAGGCCCGAGGGCUGCCUUUGCCUGACCUGAGGGUCUCCGGUCCGGAAGCGUCCUUGGACUCGGGCCUUUCCCUGAGCCCGCCAGGAGGCGCCGCGCUGAGGGGGCUGCAGCGUGGAGGCGGGCGCCGCGGACCCCUGUGAGGGGCUCGAGCGGGUGCGAGAGGAGGGGUCGCUGACCCCCGCUCAGGAGGCGCCCCUGGGCCGGGGACCGGGAGUCCUCAUCUCCGGACUGGGACAGGGGUUUCUUUGGGGGCGAGGAGGGCACGUCGCCCCCUGCCCCCGCCGACACCCUGGCCAUGACGGGCAAGUCUGUGAAGGACGUGGAUCGGUACCAGGCGGUCCUGGCCAACCUGCUGCUGGAGGAGGAUAACAAGUUUUGUGCGGACUGCCAGUCCAAAGGGCCACGAUGGGCCUCCUGGAACAUCGGUGUGUUCAUCUGCAUUCGGUGUGCUGGGAUCCACAGGAACCUGGGGGUGCACAUAUCCAGGGUAAAGUCAGUUAACCUCGACCAAUGGACUCAAGAACAGAUUCAGUGCAUGCAAGAGAUGGGGAAUGGAAAGGCCAACCGACUUUACGAAGCCUACCUUCCUGAGACAUUUCGGCGACCACAGAUAGACCCAGCUGUCGAGGGAUUUAUCCGAGAUAAAUACGAAAAGAAGAAAUACAUGGACCGAAGUCUGGAUAUCAAUGCCUUUAGGAAAGAAAAAGAUGACAAAUGGAAAAGAGGGAGUGAAUCAGUCCCAGAGAAAAAAAUGGAGCCUGUUGUUUUCGAGAAAGUGAAAAUGCCACAGAAAAAAGAAGAUCCACAGCUACCUCGGAAAAGCUCCCCGAAAUCCACGGCACCUGUCAUGGAUUUGUUGGGUCUUGAUGCUCCCGUGGCUUCCUCCAUGGCAAACAGUAAGACCAGCAAUACCCUAGAGAAGGAUUUAGAUCUUUUGGCCUCUGUUCCGUCCCCUUCUUCAGUUUCCAGAAAGGUUGUAGGUUCCAUGCCAACUGCAGGGAGUGCCGGCUCUGUUCCAGAAAACCUCAACCUGUUUCCAGAGCCAGGGAGCAAAUCCGAAGAAGUGGGCAAGAAACAGCUCUCUAAAGACUCUAUCCUCUCUCUGUAUGGAUCCCAGACGCCGCAGAUGCCUGCUCAGGCAAUGUUCAUGGCUCCAGCUCAGAUGGCAUAUCCUGCAGCAUAUCCCAGCUUCCCUGGGGUCACACCUCCUAGCGGCAUCAUGGGGGGCAUGAUGCCCCCACCAGUAGGCAUGGUAGCUCAACCAGGAGCGUCUGGAAUGGUUGCCCCCAUGGCCAUGCCUGCAGGCUACAUGGGUGGCAUGCAGGCAUCAAUGGUGGGCGUGCCGAAUGGGGUGAUGGCCACCCAGCAGGCUGGCUACAUGACAGGAAUGGCAGCUAUGCCCCAGACUGUGUAUGGGGUUCAGCCCACUCAGCAGCUGCAGUGGAACCUCACUCAGAUGACACAGCAGAUGGCCGGGAUGAACUUCUAUGGAGCCAACGGCGUGAUGAGCUAUGGACAGUCCAUGAGCGGUGGAAACGGACAGGCAGCAAAUCAAACUCUCAGCCCACAGAUGUGGAAAUAAACGCACAACCCCCCCAUGUGGCUGCCACUCACCUCGGCCUGCGCACUCUCCCAUUCUCCUCUUUCCUCCACCUUGCUUUCCCUCAUACCCCUUUCCUCCCUCUCUCUGUUUGGUUUAUUAAUUGCUCGGUCAGUCCCUGGAGCCACUCCAGGACACCACGACCUGCAGCCCUCUCUGUUGCUCUCUGUUGUAGGUGUCUUUCCACCACCCCCUUCUCCCCAGCCUCGGCCCCUCCCCCCUCUCCUGGCACCAGCACCUUAGAAGGGGUUGGCAGAAGGCAUUUAAGCUGCAGGAGAGAUGUGCACCCCUGUGAGUUUCCCUCCCUCAGGGCCACGCCUCCUGCCAGACUCCCAGAGAGGCCUGUGGGUGUGGCGAGGCGAGGGCUCGGAAGUGCCUGCACACAUGGUGAUAAGCUGUUGCCGGGUGUCUCAGCUUGUGCUUGAAGCAGCAGGCAUUACCGUGCCUGUGACUGAGGGGACUGAGGAAGGUACACACGGAAAUCCAACACUCCCCGGGUCUUGGGUCAGGCCGGCCCUGGCCCUGGGAUGAGGCAAGCCCUUUUCCUACGUGGACGAGCAAAAAUAUUUCUCUGCUGUGCCUGGAGUUGCUUUCUCCAGCUGGGGCUUCAGAACUCGCUGCUCAGUCAGCCUUUAUUAGCACCAAAGACUUUGUGAAGGUCCCACCCACGGACAGGCACCUGCUCCCCACCUCCCACCUGCUGCCUUCGGCAGGAUCUGGCCUCGUGGCUGGAGGCCAGAACCCUGCUGUGGGAACGCACAGCUUUAACAUGUGCACUACGUGUGCGUGAGUGUGUGUGCGCAAGUGUACGUACGUGUGGAUCCUGCCUCCUGCCACUCCCCACCUGCUCUGGGUAUUCUGGUUUUUGUUUUAUUGGUUUUAGAUUAACAACAGAGAGGAGUUAAUUUAUCAAUAGUCUAAAGCUGUUGCCAGUUUUUCUUACACUUUGAAAAAAAAUAAAUAACCGCCAUCUCACUGUUAGGCCCCUCUGUCCUCUCGCUCCUCCCCCAUCUGCCCAGCACUCUUCCAUGCCUGUGUACCCAGGCUGCUCUGUCUCCGCAUCUGCUCAGGUGUGUGAGGCCUAGAGCCCGGGCAGCUUUUUUCUCAGUCGUCGUCCACUUGAAAAUUCAAACAAGAAACUUUGCUUCAGAGGUUUCAUGUGUGGGAACCACAUUCCCGGAUGCCUUUCUCCUGUGUAUGUGUAAAUUCCUUAAUAAAUAUUGCAGGGAAGGACUGCUUGUGUGGCUGGUGCUGUGCAUCCUUCUUGGAGGAGAGCAGCUCACGUUGGAUGGUCAGUUGCUUCACUUCUCACAUUUUAUGAGUCAUCAAAAAGGGGCUCUUUCUCCAGGGGUGCCUUAGGGUUGGGUGCUGAGGGGCCUGUGGAGAUCUAUACUUGUGAGAGACACAAAACACACUGUCCCCAACACACAUACACAGAGAUGGAGAAGUGGAGACCCAGAGAGAGGAAGCAGUUGGCUCCUGGAGGGCCCUUGGCAGAGCCAGCAGUGGGCUCCAAGGCUUCCAGCCUCAGGCUCUGUCCCUGUACUGUGACAUUUGUACAUAUUCCUCUCUGCCAGGAGAGCAGGAGGUCUGCUGGUAAGUUGGGUAGUGCAGCCCUCUGUGAAAUGCUAAUUUGUCAGGAGGGGUAGGAGCUGGGCCUUCUGUCAGACUGAAUACCCCACCUGGGGGUCAUGUGAAGAACAAGAGGUGAAUAAUCUGGUCCAUUUUCUCCUGUUCUCAUCAGAAGGGACUCGGGGGGCAUCUCCUCCCCUUCUCUUUCCUUUGAGUGCUUAACAUAUGGGAUCAAGAGACUAAUAGUACAGUGGCUAAGAAAAUGAGCUGUGUAAGAGGCUGCUGGUAUUCACAUCCCAUCUUGGGACUCAGGCAAGUAACUGAACCUCUGGGUCUCAGCGUGAAAUGAGGCUAACAGGAACACUUAGAAUGAUUAAUUCCAGUCUACAGUUACUGAGCGCUCCACUGGUAGCAGGUGUUACAUGCCAGACCUACGUGAGCCGUGAAUUUAUCUCACAGAUAUUCAGUAAGUGUUUAUGGUGUACCCAGAAUUGCUUCUGAUUCUGUUGAUUGAGCAAUGAAACACUCCACCAAGCUCAUGGCUGGUAUGAUAGGAGCACUGGACAAUAAAUGUGAAUAAA